CCUGCUUUGGAAACCUGACACGACCCAGGAAGACCUGACAAAGCCGAGAUGAAAUUCGCUCUACUCCUGGCUCUUCUAUUCGGGGGCGCGUCUGCUCUUCAUCUGAGGCCUGAAACUUCUGACUUCAAAAGCCCUUUGGGAGGUGACAACUUGCCUAGGGAUGUGGAGAUAUCAAGACCGGAAGCAGAAGAGUGUCCUCCUGGAGAGGAGCUAAUAUCACUGGAGGAAGAGGAAGGUUCUGGAAGUGAUGACACUCCUGGGGUUGAGGGAGCUGUCUCAGGCCAGGAGAUGGCUGAUGAGGAUAUUCAGUGCCCCAAGGAAGAGGACACAAUCAGUCUGAAGGGCAACCCUGGAUGUAAGACCUGUCGGUUCCUCCUGGUGAGGCAGUUUCUAAAGUUUGACAAAGCUCAGUCAGUUUGCCGGAGAUGCUACCGGGGCAACCUUGCCUCCAUCCACAGCUUCAGCAUCAACUUCCAAAUCCAGGCUUCUCUCAGGGCACUCAACCAGGCUCAAGUCUGGAUUGGAGGCAGGAUCAGAGGCUUGGGUCCCUGCAAACGCUUUGGAUGGGUUGAUGGAAGCUCUUGGAACUUUGCAUAUUGGGCUUCUGGCCAGCCCCGCUGUGGUAUUGGCAGAUGCGUGACCAUGUGUACUCGAGGAGGCCACUGGCGUCGAUCUUUGUGUAUCAAGAGACGUCCCUUCAUCUGUUCGUAUUGAGCUGGUCCCAGCCAGGAGUUCAAAUCCAUGCUCUUCUGGGCAACUGCCUCUCUUUUCCUGCCAGAUGUCCCCUUCUUUCU